CCUUCUCUCUGCACAAGUUUAACUUCUUUGUGUGGUUGUCCUGUUUGGCUGUGCCGUGCGUUCGUGAGUUGGUGGGUGGUUGUGCAAAGCUGGGGUAGCAGGAGUUGCGUGGCAGGGGUAACGCUGCUUCCGGGUGCAGCGCUGCCCAGGCACUUGUUAAUCAUCUUGGUGCCUUGUGGAACAGUUUGUUCUUUCCGGUGGAACCAGCAGCAGCAAAGCAGGGUCCCGUCGAAAAGAAGAAAUACAGGUUCGCACUACAGCCUCACACAGCACAGGAAUUUCCAGCUUGUACAAUUCAGCUCCGAGACUGAAAGAAGUGAGAUAUAUAAAGCUGGAAAUGUCUGUGUAUUUUAUCAGAUGGUACCUUUCAGAAUUUAAAAGGAUUGUCCACCUGUGUAAAAUUUCAGUAACCUGUGCUGAGUUCUUGUGUGUGCUGAAAAGAAGAACUAUCAUGGUCAAUGUGUCCCUCCACACAGAAGUCAGAAAUUAGCAAGUCAAUACUUUUGGAAGUGCAAAAAGGAGAAGUACAAAAGGUCUUGUGAAGGCCUGCAGGAAAAAAUGUCAUUGCCCUGACAGCUCAGCACCCUACUGCUAGGAGGGGUAGCAGACAUGAGCUCCAUCUCAGCCAUAAGUAUGUUAAACACCUCCAAAUAAAUUGUUACAGAAACUCCUCCAGUCCCAGGAAGCUAAGGGACCUCUGCAUUUGUUUGCAUCAUGGAAGCUGGAGGACGGCCCAUCAAUCAUGUUAAGAAGAUCCAUUAGGCUAAUGAGGGUUAAUUGAUUCAAUAAAUCUAAUCUUAUGUACCAACCUUUCAUCAUCCCUGACCUGGGAAAGAGCUGAGUUUUAGAAGCCUUUAAAGAUCCUGGAAUAUGGUGGAAGCAGUACUGAUAGAUCUGUUCAGCCUCCCAGCCAACUUGCAGAACAACAUCCAAGGAUUACUACACAACACACUGGAAACCAUUGAGAAAUGCUCUUCCAUCCAUGCUCUGUGUGUUUAUGUCAUGUGUUGCCGGAGGCAGGGGAGUGAAAGGAAAGAUGAACAAGAGUUCUUGUUUCCAGCUCUGAGAGGUUUUCAGAGUCUGAACAGAAAACUGGAGGUGAUAUGUGCUCAGACUACAGCUGCUGCUUUGUACACCAUCAAACAGAGACUAGAUGAAAAAGACCUGAGCAUCAUUAAAGUUAUUCUCCCUACCAUAAGAAGAGACUUAAUGAAAGUAUAUAUAGACCAUCUCUUUACGGCAGUCUACCAGUUUGAAUUCGAGGAUUUACAGGUGGUAUCUGACUGUGAAAGCCUGCAGAUAUCUGAACCUCAGCAUGAAGGGCAAACACUUCCUUCACAGGAUGUAGCACUCAUCCAAAGUGAGAUUCAGAUGUACUUGGAAAGCCUGCCAAGCCUGAAAGGGGAGCUCACCAUCCUCAGAUCUUCCCUGAUCCCAGAUGAUAUUUUCUUACAUGGGUUCACCACAAGGACAGGUGGGAUCUCCUACAUACCAACUCUAAGCUCCUGCAAUCUCUUCAGCAGUUGCAAGCGGAGGGACCCACAAGUCGUUGUUAAAGAAAAUCUCCGCCGGCUAGCUAAUGCUGCAGGAUUUAACCCAGAGGCUUUUCACAGAGUCAAGGUUGAUCACGCUAAUGCUGUGUGUAUUAUGGGAAAGACAGAGCCUGACAACUAUGAUGGAAUAGUUACGAAUCAGAAGGGUGUCACUCUGGCAGCUCCAGGUGCUGACUGUAUACCCGUGCUGUUUGCUGAUCCUGUCAGAAAAGCCUGCGGUGCUGCUCAUUCUGGAUGGAAAGGUACAUUGUUAGGAGUGUCUAUGGCCACAGUAAAUGCUAUGGUAUCUGAAUAUGGCUGUAACAUGAAAGAUAUCCUUGUGGUGCUGGGUCCGUCUGUGGGACCUUGCUGCUAUAAACUUCCUCACGAAUCAGCAAAAGAAUUUCACAGAAUUGAUCCAAAGUGUGUGAGACUGUUUGACUCUGCAAAUCCUUAUAUUGAUAUCAGAAGAGCAACAAGGAUUCUUCUUGAGAGAGGUGGGAUUCUUCCCAAGAACAUCCAAGAUGAUUCUAUCACAGACCAGAACCAAAAUAUCACUUUCUGUACUGCCUGCCACCCUGAUAAAUUUUACUCUCACUUUCGUGAUGGCACUAACUUUGGGACACAGAUUGGCUUCAUAUCAAUCAAAGACUGAGACAGUAUCUCUUACUCUAGAACAGCAUUUAGAUAAUAAGUCUGCUGCAUUGUCUGGCGUCCUGGUCUCCUCAUAGAAGUUCUUCCUCUUUCCUAGACUUGCAGUAGGGAGUUCAUGGGUCAUGAGGUUCUCCUGCCUCUUCCCUUCCUUGCCAUUCUGAGGCAAGAAUAAGUACCUAUGGUGUGGGGACAGCAGUUCUUGUGUGAGACAGCAUGCACAGGAAACAAGGACAAUCCAGACCAGUGGCAAAAUCCUUCUACAAGACCCAGAUACAAGCUCCAAGUUUAUGGAUCCUCCUUGACCAAAUAUUUUACAGAAACCUCACUGUCUUAAGGUGAUGGAAGCACAAAAAAACGCAGUCUUCAUUAGCUUCUGGUUGAGACUGCUAAAUGACGUUAAGUAUGACAUUGCUAAUACAGGAAGGGAAGGCCAGUAUUGCACAUUACCUGUUUGAGACACCCAACUUUGAUAGUUUCAGCUGAAGCCUUACAAAAUUUUGUGCAUUGGAUUAAUUUUCUUCUUUUGAUUAAAGAACUCCAAAAUAUUUACAGGACUUUUCCUAUGGAAAAUAACUUGAAAGUGAGAAGCAAGCAGGCUCCUUUGGGGCAGACAUUGAAAAUAUAUUAACUCUCACCAUUCUGUAAUUUUUGGUUGCAGAAAAAUCUUAAUUUAUGACGUGUAUGUUCAUGUCUCCUUAGGAUUUUUUUUCUUUAAACAGUGCUUUGAUAAUGUCAUUGACACAGUCUAACAAUGCCAAGUUAUUCAAUAAAUAUCUAAAAAGUUCUGUGAAUUUAUCCUCAGGUAAUUUUACUGACCAGUAGUUGGACUUUUGUGUCUUACAAAGCAAAUUCUAAGUGUGCACUGUUUUCUUUUCGCCAUAAAAAAAAUGCCUCUAGAUUUUACAACAGACAUGAUGUUUUCUGACACGCAGACAGUGAGCGAUCGCUAACAGUGAAGCUGUGCUGACUGCGACUUGCAGGGGUGCCAAGCACAAGCCUUGGGCCAGCGGCGCGCAUGACGUGCUUUCUAUUUCGGAUUCCGUGAGCCUUCCCCGGUCUGACUGUUCUGCCCACUAGAGGUCAGUGCUCGCCCACGCUGCGCUUCCACCCUGGAGGCACGGAUGGAUGAAUGGAUGCGGGUCCAAAUCACGCGGGUUGCAAAGCACGGCACAGCGCACGCUGCUACUUUUGCCUCUACAGUCAUCUUCCAACUUGUUCUAAUAUCUGUGCUUGAAGAAUAAUCUGUUUUCAUUUUGAUUCGGAGCUGAUCGAAUUGGAGCUUUCCUUGUUUUCAGGAAGAGCAGAAAUUUAAAAAUAAACUUCCUUUUACUGUGAA